AUGCCUGUAUGUGCCCACACCUAUGCGAAUGUGAUACUCCGCAUCGCGAUAUACCCGUUCGCUUCCUGCGUCAUCAACCUGACUAUGAUAGGUAGUGUGAUACCUGCAACGUCGACGGACGGCAUACGGAACGCGAAUGACUAUCGCAUACUUUUGCUCAGCGACUUCAUCUACGGGGGACGUGCCGUAGUAUAUGCGCUUCUUGCCGCCACAGAUCCGGCUCUUGUACGUGCAGUUCGCGCGUUUGUCGCUGCAUACAAGAUGCGUUGGCACCGGGACAACCGUGCAGAGGCUUGUUUGCGAACUGCUAGGUUCGCCCGUUCUGCAUUACCUCCACUCCGUCGCGAAGACCUCGUUGUUCGGGUUGAGUUGUCCACGGUCAUUGCCAGCGACUACACCGACGGGCGUUCAAGAGCAGACCCAGUCAAUGACACGAAAGCUCGGAAUAGCAGAAUUUGCAGCGACGUUGCCGACAUUGAGUCGACGGGUACCAGUAGGAAGAAUGGCCAAGAUAUGGCCUCUGAGAGCGACGGUGGAUAUGCCAGACGCCACAACGCAGACUUGAACGCGGCGACGGACGUUAUGCCCGCUCUAACCCGUGAUAGAACGACAUCUGCAGUGGCAUUCGAGCUCACCUCGCCAAUCACACCCGCGCAGAGCUUGAGACGCCGCUGGGAGCUCGCGACUAGAGAACAGGCCGAAGGGGAGGAGUUCAUGAGGAUCUUAUGA